AUGAGUUCAACACAUCAUCUUCCUUCUUUGCUCAUCUUUGGGCCGCAGACAGAUCUCCCUUCCCAAAGCGCUCUAUCGAGUCUCCGGGAACAGCUAGUCAACCAGCAGUCGUUGUCUAGUCUCGUCACAGCAAUAAAGAAUCUUCCCGAUUUCUGGAAAGAAUUGGUCAAAUUUGACCCGGAGCUGGACAAGGUUGCAGGAAUUCAGUCCCUGAGUGCCUUUCAACAUUGGGUCAUUCAUGGUGGAGACUUCCCCAUUGCAAGCAGCACUUCUCCAAACAUUCUCUUGGUACCUGCGACUGUCGUCCUUCACAUCACCCAAUACAUUGCCUACCUCAAUGGACUCAGAUCAGAAGAUCCCCACCUGAAAGUUAAAGGUGGACUUCAGAAUGGUGGCGUCCAGGGCUUUUGCAUUGGCUUUCUCGGAGCCAUCACCAUUGCCAUUUCUCGCAAUGACGCAGACAUAGGCACGACUGCGGCCAAUAUACUACGCCUAGCCGUGUGCAUAGGUGCUUACGUCGAUAAAGACAGUUUGACGUUCCCGCGUAGCGCCUGUAUUGCUGUUCGCUGGAAGGACGACAAUGCUCAGGGAAAGGAUAGUGUUGCUGCAUUAGUCCAACAGUUUGAAGACGCUUACAUAUCGAGCGUCAACGAUUCUUCGAGUGUCACGAUCACCGCAAGACACACAGACGUCGACACACUAGGCGAGAGUUGCCGUUCCCGCGGAUACCGCGUAGCCGCUGUACACGUCACAGGCCGCUUCCAUUCCAGCGUUCAUGAUCAGGCUGUGGAAAAGAUCAAGACAUUUUCUGCAAGCAGGAAUGACUUACAACUCUCCACGAUUGAUGCGCUGCAGGUUCCUGUGAGGUCUACCAUUGAUGGUGCACUGAUCAAAGAUGGAACACUGCUGGAGCAUAUUCUGGACAACACACUUUCCAAACCAGUCAAUUGGCAUGCCACAGUGCAAUCAGCCACAUCAUCAUUGUCUGGACAUACAUCUCCGGUUGCUGCUUUUGUCAGUACGGGAAGCCAUGCACCCUCUUCCCUGAUUCCAGACUCGCGUUUCAAGGUGAUCACAUUAGGCAAUGUGACUGGAGCUGGCACUUCUCCCCGCAAUGAUGUCCCCUUGACCAAUGGAGUCGCUAAACCAGAUUACCCCCCAAACUCAAUCGCUAUUGUUGGCAUGUCCGGGCGUUUCCCAGGAGCUGACUCUCUCGACGAGCUUUGGCAGCUACUAUUGUCCGGAAAAGUGAUGGCUCAACGGGCCCCUGUCGAAAGGCUGAACCUACCCCAGACCGGCGAUUACGAAAACACAAAGUGGUGGGGCAAUUUUCUCAACGACCCUGAUACCUUCGACCACCGCUUCUUCAAGAAGUCGUCUCGAGAAGCAAUCGCCUGGGAUCCACAACAGCGCAUCUUACUUGAAGUGGUCUACGAAGCCCUCGAAUCCGCUGGAUACUUCUGCGCGGGAUCGACAAAACAACCACAAGACUAUGGGUGCUACAUGGGAGCAGUUAUGAACAACUAUUACGAUAAUGUGUCGUGUCACCCAGCCACCGCGUAUGCAACUCUUGGUACUUCUCGCUGCUUCAUCAGCGGAUGCAUGAGCCAUUAUUUUGGAUGGACAGGCCCUGCUUUGACGAUUGAUACUGCUUGUUCUUCUUCGUUGGUCGCGAUCAACACUGCUUGUCGGGCCAUCUGGUCUGGAGAAUGCUCACGCGCGGUCGCUGGUGGAACGAACAUGAUCACUAGCCCUUUUGACUAUCAGAAUCUUGGUGCGGCAGGCUUCCUCAGUCCUAGCGGCCAGUGCAAGCCUUUUGAUGCUGGUGCUGAUGGCUACUGUCGUGGGGAGGGCGUUGGUGUCAUUGUUCUCAAGAAGCUGGAAGAUGCCAUUUCCGAGAAAGACAAUAUCCUGGGCGUGAUCGUUGGUUCGGCAGCCAAUCAGAAUCACAACCUCAGCCACAUUACAGUUCCUCAUUCCGGAUCCCAGGUUGAUCUGUACCAGAAAGUCAUGAAAUCUGCCGGCGUCGACCCGAAGACAGUUUCCUAUGUGGAGACCCAUGGCACGGGCACUGGCGUUGGCGAUCCUGUUGAAUACCGCAGUGUUCGAGAUGCCUUUGCUGGACCGACUAGGAAGGACCUACUACACUUCGGUUCCAUCAAGGGUAACAUUGGUCACACUGAAGCGACGGCUGGAAUCGCCGGUCUUCUCAAAGUUCUUCUUAUGAUGCAACAUGGAAAGAUACCCCAGCAAGCUAGCCACAACACCAUGAAUCCGAAGAUUGAGACGCAUGAGACUGAUCAUAUGGCUAUACCAAGGAGUAAUCUGGACUGGAAGCCUCAGACCGCCAUCGCGAUGGUGAACAGUUAUGGUGCCGCUGGAAGCAAUUCUGCCGCACUGAUUCGAGAAUACAAAAGCGCAAUGGUGGAGACCCAAACCGCCCUUGAAAGAUACCCUCUCAUCAUCACUGCAGGGUCUAAUGGCAGCCUCUCGGCCUAUGCACAAAAGCUUCUGAAAUGGGUGCGGCAACUACAAUCAGAGGGAACACCUGUCCGGGUAGGCGAUCUAGCAUUCAACCUCGCCGAUCGUGCCAACCACUCUCUUACUUCAACUCUCGCCGCAACUGUCUCGAGUAUAUCUGAGCUCGAAUCUAUUGCUGGAUCUUUGGAUUCAGGAAAGGAAAUCACAUCGGUAUCAGCAUCAAAACCAGUUGUGCUGGUCUUUGGAGGCCAGGAGAGCGAGUUCAUCGGUCUCUCUGAACAAGUCUACCAGAGCUCAGCUAUCUUCCGUCACCACCUUGAUGCUUGCGACAAAGUUCUGCGCACGCUAGGCUACGAGUCGAUAUACCCCGAAAUCUUCCAGCGAUCGGCAAUAUCGAGCCUGAUUGUACUACACUCCGCACUGUUUGCCGUUCAGUAUGCCUCUGCGCGGGCCUGGAUGGACUGUGGAGUGGAAGUCAGUGCCGUGGUUGGGCACAGUUUCGGCCAGCUGACUGCAUUAUGCAUCUCUGGUGUUCUAUCAUUAGAAGAUGCAAUUAGUUUGGUUGCGCAAAGGGCUUCCUUCAUGCUCAAGUACUGGGGCUCUGAGCCUGGCCAGAUGAUGUUCCUCCAGGCUGAUCAGUCCACGGUUUCGGAGCUUCUGAACACACUCAAAGCCCGACACCAAUCCAACACCCUUGAGAUAGCUUGCUACAAUGGCCCAAAGAGUCAUGUGGUUGUAGGCUCACCAAGCGAUAUGGGGCAACUGGAAUCUUUGAUCGCGAAUGACAGCCAGUAUAAAGCCUCGAUUCGAACGAAGGGGCUUCAAGUCACCAAUGGCUUUCACUCUCAAUUCACAGAGCCACUGUUACCACAUCUCGAUGAUUUUGCUCAAUCGCUCAAAUGGAACGCCCCUACCAUCCAUCUGGAGACUUGCGACGAGUAUGAAAGCAUCUCAACUCCAGAUCACAGUUUGCUCGCGCAUCACACAAGACGGCCAGUCUUCUUCCAGCACGCUAUAAGCCGCCUAGCACAGAAGUUCCCUCAGGCUACCUGGCUAGAGGCAGGCCGUGGUUCCUCUGUUAGCCAACUCGUUCGUGGCUGCAUUGCGGAUAGCAACGGUCACACAGUGCUUUCGCCACAGAUCGCUGCCCCGAGUGGACAGGACUCAUUGACAACUGUCACAACCGACCUUUGGAAAGCUGGGUAUGCGGUACAAUUCUGGCCAUUCCACCGUACCCAACGUGCUGAAUACAAGUACCUCGCUCUCCCACCAUAUCAGUUCGAGAAGACUCGUCACUGGCUCCCAUUCACGGGACGAGGAAAACAAGAGGAAGAGGUUGCACCAAUUGCCAUCGAAGACAACAAAACUCACGAGCUGCUGACCUUCCUCCACUUCACUGACAACCGCAAAAGCGAGGCUGUUUUCGACAUCGACCCUCAUAGCGAACGCUUCAAGUCAAUGCUGGGUGGACACGUUAUGGCGGGCCAGUCCCUCGCACCAGCGUCUUUGUACUUCGAGGUCGUGGCCCGUGCUGCUUUAUUCCUUGCCGAUGAUAUAACGAGUACCACAUAUAUCCCACAGACUGACGAUCUCACCAUGAUGUCCCCCAUUGGUCUCAAUACAGAAGUUGACAUUCGUCUCAUUUUGAAGCGUGCCGAUGACUCGAAUCCCUCUUGGUCAUACUCCAUCACCACACAACCCAAAGGCGCUGUGCGCGCCGAGCCCUUCGAGCAAUCAACAGGCCGCGUUCACCUCACCCCACGAGGAGACAAAAAGGCUGCACAAGCAUUCAAGCGCUUCGAAUCGCUAACCGGUCUGCGCCGUUGCGAAGAGUUGAAGACGCACGUCGACGCGGAGAGUAUGACUGGGAACCACAUCUACCGCGCUUUCAACCACAUUGUGCACUAUGGGGAGAACUUCCGUGGGAUCAAAGAAGUGUCUUGUGUUGGAUUUGAGGCAACCGGCAAGGUGGUCAUGGCUGUGGACCCCGAGGACCCCGCUGACCAGAGGCUCACCGACACGCCCAUGACGGACAGCUUCAUGCAAUUUGCGGGCUUCUUGGUCAACUACUUCAACAAUCCAAGCCUGGAAGACGUCUUUGUUUGCCACAAGAUUGAGCAUAUCGAGAUUGGCGAUGGGUUCAACCCUGAUACCAAAGAAUGGAUUGUUUACUCCAACAUGAUCAAGGAUGACAACAAUGACGCCUCGGCGGAUGCGUAUGUGUUUGAUCCGACAACGAAGAGAAUGGUCAUGGCGGCUUUUGGCUUCCGCUUCUCGAAGAUGUCCCAAGCGCUUCUCGCCCGUAUGCUCAAGAGCGUAAACAAGGGCAGCAGUGCUAAGGAUGAACCGGUCGUGUCCGUCCCCAGCAACAAUGUUAAGGUUGAGACAACUGUGAACGGUGCAGCAACGGCAAAGAAGUCUUCCAGUGAACGAGCUCGUGUCCUCAAAGUACUACACGAGGUCACUGAUGUGCCGCUUGAUCGCCUACAAGAUGAUACUUUGUCUCUCGAAGAUCUUGGUGUCGAUUCACUCAUGGCAACUGAGAUCCUCAACGACAUCCGGGUGGUACUAGGGCUUACCAUUGAUCUCACAACCUUCUUGUUCUUCGCAAACAUCAGAGAGUUUAUUGCUCAUGUCGAUGCCAAAUUAGGCCUCGAUUCCGAUGACAGCGAUACAAGCGGCUCAGGCGAGGACACUCCUAGCACGAGUCAGGAUGGGCCCCCAUCCGCCCCAGAGCCUGUGACGAAUGGUACUGCGGUGCCACACCAAACCUCCUCGCUAUCCACCGCUCCAGAGAGUCGGCCAUCAAUCCCGUCGACUUAUGAUUCCUUCCGCAAGAUUAGAUCUAACUACGACGACCUCGCGGUCGGCACUAAAGCUCAAGGAUUUUGGUCUGAUGUAUACCCCGACCAGGCGAAGCUCGUUCUUGCUUACGUUGUAGAAGCUUUUGCGCAGCUGGAUUGCGACUUGAAGUCAUUGCGCCCGGGCGCUGCAGUGCCUGACAUUCACGGAAAAGCCUUGCCUGCACACCAGCAACUUGUACAGCAGUUCUACCGCGUCCUGGAGGACGGAAAGCUCAUCUCCGCCUCCCACGGUACAUUUUAUCGCACCAGCGUGCCAGUCGACACGACGUCUGCUGAAACCAUCUACCAAUCCAUUCUCCCCCGGUACCCGGAAAGCGCAAAUGUACACAAGCUUGUUAAAGUUGUGGGCUCCAAGCUUGCAUCCUGUCUAGUGGGCGAGACAAACUGCAUCAGUCUCCUUUUCGGAGACAGAGAAAACAAGCAUACGCUGGAAGACAUGUAUGCGAACUGGCCGCUGCUCAAGACACCCACUCUCGUCCUCGGAGACUUCCUCAUCAAAGCAUUUGCUAGCGCAUCGGGAAGUGGCAAGUUCAAGAUUCUCGAAGUCGGAGCGGGGACUGGUGGCACCACGAAGUAUCUCAUCAGCCACCUUCAAGCUCAUGGCAUACCGUUCGAAUACACGUUCACCGACAUCUCGACAUCGCUUGUGGGUACUGCCAUGAAGACAUUCAAAAAUGUCGAGGGCAUGAAGUUCGAGGUCCUCGACAUUGAGAAACCACCGAUUCCGGCGCAGCAGGGCGAAUACCACGUCAUUGUAGCGACAAACUGCAUCCACGCCACACGCAAUCUUGACGUUUCUUUGAAGCAUCUUCGACAGAUGCUGAGAGAGGACGGCGCCCUGACACUUGUUGAAAUCACCAAAAACAUGUUCUGGUUGGACAUCGUGGUUGGUCUAUUCGAAGGGUGGUGGUUGUUUGAAGACGGUCGAACCCACGCCUUGAUCGACGAGCUGCAAUGGCAGCGCAAGAUGAAAGCAGCAGGCUUCCAAGAUGUGCUCUGGUCCGACGGUGAGACGCCAGAGUCAGCAACGGUUCGAGUAAUUGGAGCGUUUCCCAAAGCGCCAGCCUCGGGAUCUACCAAUGGAGUAGUCGAGGUGAAGAAGUCACCCAAGGCAGCGCUGGAAACGGUGGUGUACAAGAGAAUUGGGGAUCGGGAGAUUCACGCCGAUGUAUACUACCCCCUGGAUCCCCCAGCAAAAAAGCUGCCUGUCGCUCUGAUGAUUCACGGGGGCAGCCAUAUCAUCUUUUCGCGCAAGGACAUUCGUCCACCGCAGACCCGACUCCUUCUCGAGCGAGGGUUCCUCCCGGUCAGCCUUGAUCAUCGUUUGUGCCCCGAAGUUGCACUCGCUGAUGGGCCAAUGGUUGAUGUGUGCGACGCACUGGACUGGACCAGAAAUGUAUUGCCCAAAACGAAGCCAAAAGCUCCUGCUGGGUUGGAGAUCGAUGGCGAUACCGUGGUCGUGGUAGGGUGGUCGUCUGGUGGGCAAUUGGCCAUGUCGCUUGCUUGGACAGCGCCACAGAAGGGACUGAAACCUCCGGAGGCGAUCCUCGCCUUUUACUGUCCCACAGACUAUGAAGACGAAUGGUGGAAGCAUCCAAUUCAGCCGAAUGGGGCCGAGGACAAAGGCUUACAGUACGACGUACUGGAGUCGAUCCAAGAUGAACCCAUCACCAACUACGGUCUCGUCGGAGCAUGGGAGCCUCUUUCGGAUCCACGGAUAGGGACUGAUCCACGCUGUCGCAUCGUGCUACACAUCAACUGGAAAGCCCAGACGCUUCCCGUCAUCAUCGGCGGUCUUCCCAGUAGGGCCAAAGCGAAUACAAUGACGGUGCGCGAUUGGAACAACCUCCCCCAGCCCGAACUGAAGGAAAUCCUUCGAGCUAGUCCUCGCGCACACAUUGUGAGAAACCAGUACAAUACACCGACGUUCCUGGUGCAUGGCACGAGUGAUGAUUUGAUCCCAUGGCAGCAGUCGCAGGAAACAUAUGAGACGUUGGUCAGGAAUGGCGUUCCUGCCGGGCUUGCGCUUGUUGAAGGCGCGCCGCACAUCUGCGAUUUGAGCGGCAAUGCGCAGUCGGAGGGAUGGAAGGCUGUUCUCAAGGGUUAUGAUUUUCUUUCUUCUUAUGUCUAG